AUGAAGGAACUGGUGAAGGCGGCGGCUGAUGCCAAUCUACAGGGUAAUUACACCAAUACACCACUGAUAGCAGCAUGUAAGGGAGGACAUGUGAGUAUGGUGAAGGAGCUGGGAAAGGCGGGGGCUGAUGUCAUUCUACAGGAUAGAGAAGGGAAUACACCACUGAUAGCAGCAGUAAGAGGGGGUUCUUUAUCAACAGUGAAAUAUCUAGUGCAACAUGGAGCUGACAGGGUUUCUCAGGUUGUUGAUAUCAAAGUGUCAUCAGUAUAUACAGCAUUAAUGCUGAACAAACCAGAUAUAGUGAAAUAUCUCAUACAGGAACAAAAUAAAAUCAUUCCAGGUCAAUUUAAUGGAAAUGUACACCUAUUUAACUGUCUGAUGGACAUCAGACAUGCUGGAGUUAAAACAGACAGUAGGGAUGAUGAUGAUGAUGUGGUCACAGACAGAUCAGUGUGGUGUAUGGAUAGAGGGGGAGUUUUGUGGGAGACAAUCAGUAAGGGAGACUGUGAUGUACUGAGACGUCUGUUGUGUGUGGGUCUGGAUGUCAAUCAGUCGAUACAGUUGUAUGAUAAAUUCCACAGUAAGUCUGAUGUGAGACCUCUGUUGUAUACACUGAUUGAUGAUCAUGGUAUUUAUGUUAGUCACAGAAUGGAGAAGGUAAGGAUGUUGCUGGGGGCAGGGGUAGACGUCAAUGUCAGGGUGAGGUAUAGAGAGUAUGACUCUGUGUUAGACAGGGAGGGUGUGUCUGCUCUAGAGAGGAUGAGGUGA